AGUGCUCCUGUCUGUGCACACUGAUCGUUCCACCCGACGAUUGUGUGUGUAUCGAUUAUUCAUGGCUGUGGCUGAUCUGCAUCGAGCUGAUCUCGUUUGAGCGCUUUUUCCUGAUCACGAACAGCGCGAUUAAACACUGCAUCUGCACUGAAGGUGCAGUAGAGAGUGCCAUGCAGGAAGGAGAGGAGAGGAAGUGAGGCGAUGGGCUGCACCUCAGCCAAGCAGUUGUCAUCUGUACCCAGUGAUGAAGAGGGCCGGGGUAAGGCCUACAGCAACGGAGAUGCCUUCUCCGAUGAGUACAAACUGAAAGGAGUUGAGAAGGUGAAGUACAUGCAUGGAGAAGAGGAGCGGACGAACACACGAAACCAAGAGAACUUGGAAAAGAGCACAUUUUUGCACAAGGGCAGGCAUAAAGAUGCCACCGGAAAUAGUAAUAAGAUAAGUAUCCACUCUUCAGAGAGCCAGCAGGAGUUCUUCAGGAUGCUGGAUGAGAAGAUUGAAAAGGGACGGGACUACUGCUCGGAGGACGAGGAUAUGACAUAGCAUGCUGAGAAGUUUGAUUUGGGCCAACAUCAAGUCAAUCCUAUCCCAAAGUUCCUUACAACUCCUUUUCAUGCCUCCUUACCCAACGGGUACUAAUCUUCAAGAGCGUGGGGUCAAGUGACUUUCAGCCCUUUUAUUCGCUCCAUUUACAAUCCACAUCCUCCCAAAUGUCUUAUAGGUCAGUAUUUGACACUCUUGAGGACUAGUAUUUAAAUGGUAGGGGGCACAGAAAGGCCAUGGUUAAGGAGACUUGGGAUUUGGCCCAAGUUUUAAAUGGGAAAGCCAUUUUUAGACUGUUCCGCAAUCCCUUGCCUUACACUACCCAUAAGCCUUCUCCUACUCAUAGUCUACAUUUAGUGGAGAGAGCCAUGCAGAGAAUCCUGGAUUUUGCCCUCCCUUUGACAUGGACACUACACAUGGUGAACCAGCGGUGGAGAUGGUAUCUCCUGAGGAGGACUUACUUACAGAGACUUGCGUGAUUCUGUGACAAAGAGACUUGCGUGAUUCAUGCUCGUUGAGACACAGGAAGUGAAAGAAAAUGGACUCCAGACUCUAGCAUUCCGUUUUUUUUAAAACUAUGUGAACAAGUAUUUUUCACCCACAGUGUUUUAUGUAUGUCUUUUUGACCUUUUUCUUUGAGUUAAUGUUACAAUGCUCAGGACAGCAGUGCUGUAUGUAUCAUCACUAGAUUUGUUGUUGGAUGAGGGCAGUGCAGUUUCUUCAGGGCCGGUCUUGAGGACAUGUUGGGCGGUGGAGAUAGAUCACAGCAUCUAGCCAUGUUUAGAGAUGCCAGUUACAGUCAUGUAGUUUGCAGAUAGUCAUUUUGUUCUAUAUAACAGGUGGAUAUCAUACGUUCUCUUGACAUUUAUAUUCACUUUUCUUUAGUUGUAAACCAGUACAAGUUUCAAAACCAGCCUUCAGAAAGUUUUACAUAGAUAAGUUUUAUUAUCAGGAAGUGCUUCUUCCUUUUACAGUAUGACAGUAACUUGCCAUAGCCUUAAGCACACAGUGUUUUCUUUUCUGAUAUGAGAUGACAGUAAGCCAUUAAUUUCUGUAUUUUCACUCUGAAGUGAAUAAUAUCCCACAUGUAUGCUUAGGUUCUUUAUGUACACAGUUGGGCCAAACAAAGAUGCCAAAAAUGCAGUAAAUGUGAUGCUGAGUGAAAGAAUGAAUAAAUAAAUACACAUUGACCAACUAAACAAG